GCAGCUGUGCGCGCGGCGCGGCGGUGGCGGGGAGCGCGCGGCUAUGCUUGCCCCGGGGCUGGACUACUGAAUCCACUCCGUUCCACCGCUGGACUCGACCUGGGAGGGGGCGCCAGCGCACCCAGGACGCGGUGCCCCAAGGGACCCCACUCCACUCUGCAAACUGAAGCCCCCUGCCUCCCCAGGCCACACACAUCCCCGCGCCCGUUCUCAGCUGCCACCGCGGGCGUUCCAAAAGCUCCGGCAAGAUCUGCACCUCCCGGGUCUCCCAACCCGCCAACCCGACUGCUCUGCAUCGCCACCGCUGGCCCCCGUCAGACUCCUCCCGGCAGUCGGCUUCAUCGAACUUGAUUUCUCACCUCCUCGGCCCCAUCACCUCCAUCCCCUUUCCCCCCGUCUCGCCUCCACCCCCCCAAUUUCCUCCUCCUCGCCCCUCAUUUCCACCCUCCUCCCCCUCCCCCGGCCACUUCGCUAACUUGUGGCUGUUGUGAUGCGUAUUCCCGUAGAUCCGAGCACCAGCCGGCGCUUCAGCCCUCCCUCCAGCAGCCUGCAGCCCGGCAAGAUGAGCGACGUGAGCCCGGUGGUGGCUGCGCAACAACAGCAGCAGCAGCAGCAGCAGCAGCAGCAGCAACAGCAACAGCAGCAGCAGCAGCAACAGCAGCAGGAGGCGGCGGCGGCGGCGGCGGCGGCGGCGGCGGCAGCGGCGGCCGCCGUGCCCCGGUUGCGGCCGCCGCACGACAACCGCACCAUGGUGGAGAUCAUCGCUGACCACCCGGCCGAGCUCGUCCGCACCGACAGCCCCAACUUCCUGUGCUCUGUGCUGCCCUCGCACUGGCGAUGCAACAAGACCCUGCCCGUGGCCUUCAAGGUGGUGGCCCUGGGAGAGGUACCAGAUGGAACUGUGGUUACCGUCAUGGCGGGCAACGACGAAAAUUAUUCUGCCGAGCUCCGAAAUGCCUCUGCUGUUAUGAAAAACCAAGUAGCGAGGUUCAACGAUCUGAGAUUUGUGGGCCGGAGUGGAAGAGGCAAGAGUUUCACCUUGACCAUAACUGUCUUCACAAACCCUCCCCAAGUAGCCACCUAUCACAGAGCUAUUAAAGUUACAGUGGAUGGACCCCGGGAACCCAGAAGGCACAGACAGAAGCUUGAUGACUCUAAACCUAGUUUGUUCUCUGACCGCCUCAGUGAUUUAGGGCGCAUUCCUCAUCCCAGUAUGAGAGUAGGUGUCCCGCCUCAGAACCCACGGCCCUCCCUGAACUCUGCACCAAGUCCUUUUAAUCCACAAGGACAGAGUCAGAUUACAGACCCCAGGCAGGCCCAGUCUUCCCCGCCGUGGUCCUAUGACCAGUCUUACCCCUCCUACCUGAGCCAGAUGACGUCCCCAUCCAUACACUCCACCACCCCGCUGUCUUCCACACGGGGCACGGGGCUUCCUGCCAUCACCGACGUGCCCAGGCGCAUUUCAGAUGAUGACACUGCCACUUCUGACUUCUGCCUCUGGCCUUCCACUCUCAGUAAGAAGAGCCAGGCAGGUGCUUCAGAACUGGGCCCUUUUUCAGACCCCAGGCAGUUCCCAAGCAUUUCAUCCCUCACUGAGAGCCGGUUCUCCAACCCACGAAUGCACUAUCCAGCCACCUUUACUUACACCCCGCCAGUCACCUCAGGCAUGUCCCUCGGUAUGUCCGCCACCACCCACUACCACACCUACCUGCCACCACCCUACCCCGGCUCUUCCCAAAGCCAGAGUGGACCCUUCCAGACCAGCAGCACUCCAUAUCUCUACUAUGGCACUUCGUCAGGAUCCUAUCAGUUCCCCAUGGUGCCGGGGGGAGAUCGGUCUCCUUCCAGAAUGCUUCCGCCAUGCACCACCACCUCGAAUGGCAGCACGCUAUUAAACCCAAAUUUGCCCACCCAGAAUGAUGGUGUUGACGCUGAUGGAAGCCACAGCAGUUCCCCAACUGUUUUGAAUUCUAGUGGCAGAAUGGAUGAAUCUGUUUGGCGACCAUAUUGAAAUUCCUCAGCAGUGGCCCAGUGGUGUCUGGGAGCCGCAUCCCAAAUGUAUCGAUAUAUACAUAUAUAGAGAGAGCGCAUAUAUAUGUAUAUCAAUUAGCUAUCUACAAAGUGCCUAUUUUUUAGAAGAUUUUUCAUUCACCCACUCAGUCAUGAUCUUGCAACCAUAAGAGGGUAGACACUGAGAAGCAGAAGGCCCAAGAGAGACAAUCGUAUUCAGGUUUCAGAUGGUUUUCUAUGUAAGACGUACUUUCACAAAGGAAAAAGGUAUUUUUGUUGUGUUGUCGUUUGGCCUGUUAUCAUAAAUAACCCGUUCCUAUGCCAAUUCAGAGAGGUGGACUCCAGGUUCAGGAGGAAGAAGAGCAAAGCCGCUUCCUCUCUGUGCUUUGAAACAGCACACCCUCACGGUUGCAGCUGUGUAUGGACCAGUGCCCUCUGCAGACCAGCUUACAAAGCCAGUCGAGGUGCACGCGGAGGGCAAAGAGGUAGAAUGGACGCUUCCCGCAUAGUGCGAUCCAUUCAGAGUAACUGUUCCAAACUGCUCUCAGACUUGCCGCAAGUUCUCGUACGAUCUGUUUGGUUCAGUUUUGUUGUUGUUGUUGUUGUUGUUGUUGUGUUCCUACUUUUAAGAAAGCGACUCCAAAAAUACUGAUCAGGAUAGAUGAUUUUAUUUUACUUUUUUGUACUUUUUUUGUUUCCUUUUCCCAUUUAACCAAAAAGAAAUCCCAUCCUUCGAUCCUUACCCCCCUUCUCCUUUCUCCUUUUAUGCAAAACUGAAAAUGGCAAUACCUUAUUAUAGCCAUAAUGGUAUAGAUAGUGUUUGUGUUUGGCUGUGUGUUGUUUUCUUUUUUUUUUUUUUUAAAUUAUGAAUAUGUGUAAAAUCUGAGGUAACUUGCUAACGUGAAUGGUCAUAUAACUUUAAAGAUAUAUUUAUAAUUAUUUAAUGACAUUUGGACCCUUGAAACAUUUCUUAGUGUACUGAUGUGUUGACUUCGGUCUCUAAAAGUGCUCUUUAUUAAAUAACAAAUUUCUUCAGUGGGCUAGAGCCAUAUCUGAAAUAUUGCUAAGCAGUUUCAGUUCAGGCACAAUGUGAUUUUCAAAAAUACGUCCAUCUCCAAAUAUUUUAGAUGUAGCUUGUUUUUGUGACGUAUGAAGGAAAUGUUAUGUCUCGUUCUUUCAGAUCUUUGAUCGCCUCUAACACAGCUUUGCCUUUUAAAGCAAUAAUUGGGGAUUUAAAAACCAACUCUUAGCCCUUUAUCUCUUAUUGUUGCCCUUUGUUAGCAUGAAAUGCUGGAGUGAUGUGGUUUCCUAAUUUCUUUCAAAUAACAAUGACUCUUGUCAUACUAAAAAGACAAGCACAAGUGAAUCAUGGAACUGCAGAAAAACGUUCUGCCGUUUCAUAGUUAAAGCAAAACUCUAAAUCGCCAGGCUUCACAGGGAAGACGUAGCAGGCAGCCGCACUUGUGGCUGAAGGGUCCAUCAGGAUGCACUUAGUACAGGAAAAGCCAAAUUGUCCCGGGGAUUCUUAACCCACCGGCCUUGCCAAACAGAAAGUCAGGAGAACCCAGGCCUGCCCUCCCCGAGGCCCCCGCCGGCAGCUCUCCACGGACUCUGCCCUUAAAGGAGCAGAUUCAGUCAUUGUCUUAUGGGGGAGCGGGUCAUCUGAAGUAGCAGGCAAGUUCCAGCAGGUAGCUGACCUGAGAGAACACCUGGCCUGUGGGGAGCCAUAGCCAACCCUUUUGCGUCAAGGGAAGGCAAGGUCAUGUGGAGUUGGGGAUCUUACUACUGUGUAUGAAUCUGAGCGGAAGCCCUCCUGUAAGAUGCACUUUGACCGCUCCUGGCGACCACGUGGCAGAUUCUCAAGCGGGAAUCCUUAAUCCAAGCCAGGAUCAUUCGAUGACACCACCGGGCAAAUCCCUGCCUGGGCUCCCACAGGUCCGGGCCCCUUCCUUUCAAUUCGGUGCCCCUCUGAACCGAACUGUGUAGAGAUUUGCCUCCAGCGCCUAGAGACCCCCUGCUCUGUCGUCCUGCCGCAAGCCCGCUUCACUGGCAGCCAGGCCUCGCAGGGCAGCGUGGGGGGCCCCGUGCUUCUCGCUGGGCGCCUCCCUUGCAAUCGCCCCGACUCCUCCCAACCAAAACCGAGGGCAAAACAAAACAAAGCAAAACGAAACUCUUUGCCUUCUAAAGGUUGUAUACCAAGUAUGCUUAGAUAAAUAAGCCACUUUUCUCUUACUUAACUAAGAUGGCAGUAGUAGCUGAUACUAUUUAUUGUUUGUGUGUGGUAGCUUGAAGCACAACACUGUCCAUUUAUUUGUAAGUGUAAAAUAUGUGUGUGUGUUUCAGCAGCACUUAAAAAAGCCAGUGUCUGGUUACACAUUUCAAUUUUAAUUAAUUGACCUAAAAAUGUUACCGCCGGUGCCAGCUGUACCCUAUUUAAUAAAAAAAAAAAAAGGUACUAUAUUUGUACAUUAUUUUUUAAUGUUAAAAGGGCUUUUUUAAGUUUACAGUACACAUACUAAGUGACUUUAGGGAUGCUUUUGUGUUGAAAUGUUAUUAGAGUGGCUGCAGGCAGCAACCCAGAAACACUUUAAAAGUUUUUUUUUUUUGUUUUUUUGUUUUUUUUUCUUUUUCCUUGGGAAAAAUUCAAGCACUUGUCCCCUCCCUCCAACCACUCCAAAGGGGUAAGUCACAUUUCUUAGAUCAAAUUCUGCCCUUUGUCAAAGCCUGGGGGUUAAAGUUUUCUUUUUCGUUUCCUUUUUUUUUUUUUUUAACUGAACCCUUAAUUUGCACUGGGUCAUGUGUAUGAUCUGUGAUUCGAAGACCAAAGCAAAGCCUUACUACUGCUCCUACCGUGAAGCCAUGUAGUAGCCAACGCUCUGUAUUUCCUUCAGGUUAAAGGAGCAUGGUUCUUGGUAGCGCCAACGUUGCUGGAGUUCACAGCGUUGCCCACACAGACACGCUGAUCUGUUUGAAUUGUCUCACAAAUUGUAACCUCUGCCAGGGCCCCCGAACAAGUACCACAGCGUUGGUUUUGGAUGAGGGAAGUGACCUCCAGCCUGGAACCGAGAGAGACGCAACAGAUGAGCUAUGGGUUACUCUGUAGACAGUCUCGCCCCACCGGGGCCUUGUCAAAGGAAGCUGAGAAAUCCACACCGUCAGGGACCAUCCGU